GGAAUCCUUAUAGGUAGGUAUGUAUCGAUGUAAGUGGACGUUUAAACUGGCAACUAUAUAGCCAAACUAAACUACUACACCACUAUUUUGCCAUGUUUCUAGAAUUCAUACAACACAUUGUUGCGUAAUAACGCCACCAUCUCAAUCACAAUAACAACGCGAAGAAAAUUAUGCCAGUGGGCUUGCAGUCUAUUUAAAAGUGGCAAGUUGUGAGUAGUAUAUAUAUAACAAGCAAAAAAGGGAAAUUGAUUACUUGGUGAAUAUAGUAAAGUAAUUUAAAUACGGUAAAAAUAUAACCAUAAAAAUAUUCGCAUUGUUCUGCAUACUGCAUUGGUAAACAUAACUGCGUACUUUUUGUGGGGCAUAGGUAUUUGCGCACACUUCAUACAUUUCCGUCAAAUCCCUCCUCAUUACAAAGGAAGGAACACGCUAACGAGGUCUAAUCUAUUAUUAAGCAGUAUUGAACUUGGUGUUUGAGAGUCUGUGCGUGACGGAAAAAAAUCGUUUUAAGACGUUUGAUCAAUUCUCGCGAAUCAUAUUUCUGUGCGUCGCAAAAAAAAGAAGGCUCCGUAACAUAACAAAUACACACGUGGUUUGCAAAUUUUAAGUGAAAUAAAAAAUGAGCUUCCGAGUUGUGGGGCUGGUUUUGGCAGUCUUCGGAUUGGCUGUUGUCAUUACAUCCUCGCUUGUCUUGUAUGAUGCUGUCCAGCAUAUAAAUCGGCAACGGGAAAUGCAACAUGCUCCAUAUAUAAAAUAUGGGUAUGAUGUCUUCUGGGAUUCUUUCAAAUUCGACACGGACAUUCUGGCGAUUCUGGCGAGCUUGGCAAUUCUCGUGGGUAUCGUGCAGAUGAUUAUGCCUGCCAUAUUUUGCUGCAGGACAGACAAGGACAUGCGAAAAUCCAUCAAGCUCUGGAUCGGGACCAAUUCCAUUCUUAUCUUUUUAGCCUUAUCAUGCUUCGUGUUGGGGAUGGUGUACCGCAUUGACACCGUGGGCGUGAGGACCACCCAUUACAAUGGGCGACAAAGCAACACUUACUUAUCGUCCUGGUGGCGAUAUGAUAAGGGGCAAGCAUACCUUGGCGCGUUGGGGAUCGACGUCUUCGUUCUUAUCGGGGUCAUCGUGUGGAUGGUGCGAUGGAUGCUGAACCCUGCCAAUUCCAACAACGCCUACAACUACGAGUAUAACAGAGGCACAGCUGUAUAAACAAUUGUGGGGAAAAGGUACAAUCUAAAAAUGGUCUCAUAAUUCCAGAUAACGUCGCCUUCUCUGUGUCUGAAAAAAUGCAUACUAAUUCCCAGCCUACUAAUAAAACUAAUACUAAUUCGACAGCUCUCUCAAUACACAUUCCUCAAGGAUGAAAUCAUGGCAAUGGGGAGGGAAUACAGUGAACAUACAAAUUGAUAUUAGUGAUCAAAGCAAUAAUUAUAUUUUAUGUUUAUGUUUUACCAAACUUAUUAUUACUUAUUGUUCUUUCGAGAGGAAAAAUGUGGCGGAGGAGAAGAAAGGAAAAAAAUAUUGGUUUGAGACAAUGGUCGAAUUAUUAUUCAUAUUAUCGAUAAAACAUUAUUGAUGUGUUAUAUUUCUGUGGUGUUUGCAAGUAGGUAGUGGAUACACAUUGAGAUAUAUGUAGUUAGUUAGUUAUAUGUAAGUAGUAAAUACAUAUAUCCCAGGAAUAAUGGAUAAAAUAUAGUAAUUCAUCAUCAUCGUAUGUACAUAAAUGUUAUGCUUAAUCGGUUCGAAGCUCUCUGAAUCUCUAUGAAAUUGCAAUGUCUGUUUAAUUGAAUCUCUGAAAAUAAUUUUUAAAAGGAGGACGACUUGUGAUAUGCUUUAAAACGGCUUAUUUUUGUUUGCAAUCUAGUUCCAUUUUACCAUUCAUUAGUUUAAAAGUAUGUAUAUGCUUGCAUGUCCCACAAUUUAUGAACUUUGAAUGUGAAUAAAAUAUGAAAUAAAUAAAAGUACGACAAAUGCAUAAA